AUGGCUUUCCAAGGACCACCUGUCCCCAAGAGCCUGCUUGGCAGGCACCGUCUUCUUGCGCCCUCUGCGAGCGUCCGUGUCAGCCCCUUUGCUCUGGGAGGCAUGAGUUUUGGCACGGCAUGGCAGGUCAUAAUGGGGGAAUGUACCAAGGAGGCGACGUUCGAUCUCCUCGAUGCCUUUUACGACCUGGGCGGCAACUUUAUCGACACGGCCAAUGCCUACCAGGGCGGCCAGUCUGAGCAGUGGAUUGGGGAGUGGAUGAACAAAACAGGACGCCGUGCCGAGAUGGUGAUCGGGACCAAAUAUACCAUGAACCCGCUCAUGGGCGAGCCGGUGCAGGCCAGCAAUUUUGGUGGUACCGGAACGAAAGCCAUGCAUAAUUGCAUCACCAAGAGUCUGGAGAACCUUCAGACAGACUAUGUCGAUAUUUAUUACGUCCACGCCUACGACUUUGCCACCUCCGUCCCCGAGUUGAUGCAGUCUCUCAACCACCUGGUAGCCCAGGGAAAGGUCCUGUACCUUGGAAUCAGCGACAGCCCCGCGUGGUUUGUCGUGAAAUGCAAUGCCUACGCCCGCCAGCACGGCCUGCGCCCGUUCUCCCUCUACCAGGGUCGAUUCUCGGCACAGCAACGCGAUCUCGAGCGUGAGAUCAUCCCCAUGUGUAAGGAGGAGGGCAUGGCCAUCCAGGCCUUUGGCGUCCUCGGUGGUGGCAGCUUUCGAGUCCCGGGCGCGGUGAAAGAGGAGGGUGGCCGCAAUGCGCCUCCGCAUCUGCUCACCGGCCGGGAGGAGCAGGUAUCUGCUGUCCUGCACCGAGUUGCUCAGCGCCGUGGAGUGCCCAUCACCAGCGUCGCACUGGCCUAUGCUAUGCAGAAGACACCCUAUCUGUUUCCCAUCAUCGGCGGUCGUAAGGUUGAGCACCUGAAGGCCAAUGUCGAGGCCCUGGGCCUCGAGCUGGGCCGGAAGGAUGUCGAGGAGAUCGAGAAGGCAUAUGACUUUGAUAUUGGUUUCCCGCACAACCUCAUUAGCAAUACAGGUCAGGUGCCACAGGGACCGCAAGAUGUCGGCCUUCUGGCAUUGCUAGGUCAUUUCGACUAUGUUGCUCCUCAGGCUGCCAUCAGACCCCAGAAGGACGUCCUCGUUUCCGAAUAG